AUGGACAUCAUCGUAUCAGAAGCAGCAGCCACUGCCAUUUUCACUCUCACCCGCAUCUUAUACGAUUCAGCGCUUGGUGUAGUGGCAUUGAUUUUAUUCAGCAAACUACCAGGCGGAUCAAGCGCAAAAUUUUGGUACGAGCAGCCUGAUCUUAUUGCAAAAAUUACAUCUCUAUUUGAUCCAUGUGGUCCUACUGGAAAGCGAGGUGUCAAAAGCACCAAUUUUAUUGCUUUUUGCUGUCUUAUUCUAACGCUGCUACUUAAUGUGAUGCCUACUGUGCUUAGUAAGCUGAGUCCCAUCACCAUCAAUACCGUCGCUGUAGAGACCAAUGCCACCUUAACGCCUAUCAACAACAUAUUCGUGCCAACACUGACAGACAUCAACGUCCCACAUCUCUCAGAACCUGCUAGCUCCAAGGAGGCAACCAACAAAUUUCUGUGUAGAUAUUUGCCAUAUGGAUGCACAGAUGCAAAGAAUGUCACCAUUGCAGAGAUUGUUUGGGAUCCUAUCAAUAUAAAAGAGAUUGCAUUUAUUACCAAUGACAGCUUAAUUGUAUCGAUCAAUGAUACAUUUGCCACAGCCACAACACCACAGCAAUUCAUAUCGAUAGCAAAGAGUACCUUCAUUGCCAAUAAUCACAGUACAGUUGCAUUUCGUCAAGGCAUGUCUGCCGUCUAUACAAAUACAACAAUAUACGAUGCAGAUGACAUUACAAGCCCAUUAGAUCUACUGCACGCUGACCAAUUUUUUCCCUUGAUUACGCCAGACCUAUCAGAUUUAUUGAGACAAGGAAGACGCAGAGGAGAAGGUGUGCCUGUCAAUGGCAAUGUAGAUAGAGCAGAACGUUGGAGCGCUAUACAUCGAACACCUACUCUAUCCACCGUCUUGUGGCAAACGGUCAAUGCACAUGCUGGUAUAGCCAAUAUCACGGACGAUGGCCGGUGCUUUCUUUGUCAGUUGAUUGGCAUCACCCCUGCUCAAGCAGCCACGCUGAGUGCAACAAGCUCUUAUGCAGUGCAGACAGUCGUUGAUGACAAUUACCGUCUCAGCACCGUGCUUUGUCUCUUGGAGCCCUCCUCAUCACACAUGUCAUACUGGUGUCUACACACCUAUACCCAACUAUGGAACAUUUAUCAUGAGCAGAAUCCAUAUGCAUUCUUUGGAAGUUACGAUGACUCGGCCUGGGGAGCAGAGCAAGCAUCUGGAUCAACAGCCAGUACGCCGUUCCCAUUCUUUCCACCCCCUUCCAACCUAGAAACCAACAGAACCUAUGUGCCCAUUGUUCCCAUAUUUGAAAUCCGAAGCAAAGGACAGUGCAGUAGCGAUUGGGAUUUCAGAACUCAAAAUGUGCAGACAUGGAUGCGACAAUGUAUUUACAGUGAUUUGGGCCAAGUCAGCAUUAAAGAACUAGGUAUUAUCGCAACGAACAUUUGGCAGCUAGGCAGUACUAUCACAGUAGGUGGAUUCUUGGUCACCGCCAAAUACAGCAGCCAUACGGUAGGCAUCUUGAUUGGGUUGGUACCUCAAAUCAUCAUUGGCAUAUCUCUAGCACUAUGCAUUAUAGGCAAUCUUUUACUGAACUUUGUUACAAGCCCUGUCCAUCGAAGAUCCUUGUAUGAAGUGAUGCGGGUGAUGGUGCCUACCAGCCGAGACCCUUAUACAGUGAUGAACAAGACAGCUCCCACAAAUACAUUGCGUCUAGUAGACUCUGUCUUUGAUAAGGAUAUGGCUUAUUUGAAGCUGAAUAAUCGCAUGAUUGUCACUCUGUCCGAGAAGCAAGAAACACAUCUAUCAAGGCGAGACAUGGGCAGAAACGAACAGCAAGAUCAAGACUGGUCAAGAAGACAGCUCGUUAAAUUUUGA